AUGGGGCAGCAGGGGUCGCAGUUGCUCAAUGAUAUGGAGCAAAACACUCAUUUCUCCGCACAGGAGAUUCAGCGCCUAAAGAAGCGAUUCCUGAAGCUUGACCGCGACGGAUCAGGCUCAAUUGACCGCGACGAAUUCUUGCAGAUCCCUGCGAUCGCCAACAAUCCGCUGGCCCAGCGGCUCAUAUCGAUUUUUGAUGCAGAGUAUGUGUUUGCCGCUCACCUCAGUGGCGGAGGUACUGUGGACUUCCAAGAGUUCGUGCAUGGCCUGAGCGUCUUUACGAGCCAAGGCAGCCGCGAGGAAAAACUGCAGUUCGUAUUCAAGGUUUACGAUAUGGACCGGGAUGGUUUCAUUUCGAAUGGUGAACUAUUUAUUGUCCUCAAGAUGAUGGUUGGUGGUAACUUGAAAGACCAGCAGCUCCAGCAGAUCGUCGACAAGACGAUCAUGGAGGCUGACAAGAAUGGUGAUGGAAAAAUUGACUUUUACGAGUUUCUCGACAUGGUAAACAAUACGGAUGUCGCGAAACAACUCACGUUGGAGGACCUGUUCUAG